AUGUAUGAUACGGGAUGUUUUUCAACAAAUGGAUUCUAUCCAACAGCAUCAUCUUGUUCAUCUAAUACUUCGUCACCGGAUUCCCUAAAACAUCAACGUUUACUAGCUACUGCAACUCCUUCACCACCGAAUGUAUCUCAUCAAUUUUUUCAACCACCACCACCACCACCACCACAACAACAGUAUCUUUUCGAUCAUCAUCGUUUUCGUUUUAAUCCUAAUCCUAAUAAUAAUAAUAAUAAUAAUAAUAAUAAUAGUAAUAGUAAUUUGAAUGGUAGUAAUGAUAUACAUUCAUCAUCGUCGUCGUCAUCGUCAACUACGUCCAGUCAUGAUCAAUUACAUCUAUGGCUUGCUGCUCAAUCAUCAGGGCAGCAACCACAGCAAUCGAGUCCUGCAACAGUGAGAAUGAUCUCAGAAAAUGGACCAGCAUUUCCAUUACCUUUACAUUUACCACCUGGACAUAUGGUUCAACAAGUUCUUGAUGAGAAUGGUGUACUAACACAUGUUAUUAUGCCACAACCUGCACCACCACCACCUCCACCGCCGCCUCAUCAUCAUGUGCAUACCGGUUAUUCUCCAUCGCCAUACAAUGGAUUGUAUGGUCAUCCACAUCAAUAUCAUAAUCCAAAUGUAUACGGACCUUAUACAGGCGAUGCAUUAUCGUAUCCUCAACGUUCUGCUUGUAAUCAUGCAUCAUCACCUACAAAUCCUUCACAAUGUCUAUUACAUCCGUCUGAAAGCAAUAAUUCGUCAACAAUAACAACAACAAUAGGAGAUGGUGUUAAUACAUCAUUAAUAACAACAAAUAAUUCAACAAAUAAUCAUCAACGUCAUUCACCUGUAUAUAAUACAAAUGCGAAUAGUUGUACAACAACAGGAGGAACAUCUCAUCCUCGAACACUAAAUAUUAGUGGACAAAAACGACGUAUACCAUCUUCCCAUACGAAUACCAAUUCAUAUGUCAAUAAUGUCAACAUGAAAAAAGUUUUGAAUAAUUUUGAUGGUUCCGAUAAAUCUCUACAUCAUCAUCAUCCACCAUUGGCAACACAUUAUUCACCAUUUUAUUCAGAAAUGGUUGUUCAACCAACAACUGAACCUGUUGAUUUAGCUGCUGCAGCAGAAUAUGAUAAAGAACGACAAACGAUUGAAAAAUGUCUAUCGAAAUUAUCUCCACCAAUCAUUCAAGAUAUUGAAAGUCGAAGUGCAUUAGUAAGAAUUCAACCUCCAACAUUGACACCUACACAAUCGGACUAUUCAAUUGAUUUUACAAAUCUCAUUUACGAAUUAUUAUUGUCAGAUAAAGGCAAAGACGCUAAAUACAAACAAGUUUAUUGUGGUGAUGCCAAUGAAAUAACUCUAAAAGAUCUAAAACCAGCAACUGAAUAUCAUCUCAAAGUAUGCGCAUGUAUUGAUUCAUGCAAAGGUGAAUAUAUUUAUCCAGUACCAUUCACUACCGAACAAUGUGAGCCUGAUCGGCCUCUACCUCCAAAAUUACUUGGGAGUCGACUAAAAAAUUCUUUGACGCUAAAAUGGACAGCUGCAAAUGAUAAUGGAUCCAAAAUUUUAAAUUAUAUUCUUGAAUAUGAUGAGGGUAAAGGCCGAGAAUUCGUUGAAAUAUAUCGUGGUGUGAAAAAACAAUAUCUAUUAAAUAAGCUUACUCCGGCAACAUUUUAUGGUUUCCGUUUGGCUGCUGAGAACAGUAUAGGACGAAGUGAAUUUAGUGACACAAUUCAAUUUAGUACAUUAGGUACAAUUCCACCUGAACCUGAUCCACCAAUGUUAUGCGAAAAAGGCGUUAAAUAUCUAGCGUUGUCAUGGACAAAACGACCCAUUGAUGAAACAUUUACAUUGCAAAUGAAUGAUGAAUCGAAUUACUUUCGAAAUAAAUAUACAGGCUCAUCAUCUACUUAUACAGUUACUGAUUUAUAUCGAAAUACUGAAUAUAAAUUUCGAUUAUCCGCACAUAAUCAAGAAGGUCAAAGUAAUUAUUCACCAAUAGCAACAUAUAGAACAUUACCUGAUAGACCUGAUCCACCAGCUAAACCAAGAAUAAAAGGACAGAUACAAGCAACACAAUGUCGUGUUGUUUGGGAUCCACCAAGAGAUAAUGGAGGUGCAGAAAUUCAACAAUAUCAUCUUGAAUUAGAAGAAUCAAAAGGUUUUCAUGUUAUUUAUAAUGGUUUGGAUACAGAAUAUUUACUUGAACAACUUAUACCCGGACAUUCAUAUUCUCUUCGUUUAUCAUGUUCAAGUAUUGGUGGCCAUAGUGACCCAUCUGACAUAACACAAAUACGCACGACAGCUGUUGCACCAGCUUCUUGUCAUCCACCGAAAAUUUCUGGAAAACCAAAAGCAAAUUCAUUACAUUUACGUUGGGCAUAUCCGGAUUAUGACGGUGGUUCAUCCAUAAUUGAUUUCGAAGUUCAAGUAACCAAUCCUGAUAGUUCAUCACGGAUUGUUUAUCGUGGGCGGGAUCUUGAUUGUACUGUUGCUGGUUUAUUACCAGGUCGACCAUAUAUAUUUCAAGUUCGAGCAUUUAAUCGUGCAGGAGGCGGUCCGUGGUCAGAAUAUCUUGAUGUUCUCUCUGGUCCAGGUGUACCUGAAGCACCACGGAACUUUGUUGUUGAAUGUCAAAGUUGUACUAGUGCAUUAAUACGUUGGGAAGAAGGUGUUAACAAUGGUGCAGCUAUCACUGAAUAUCGUCUUGAAUGGUCACGAAAAGAAAAUGAUUCAUUUAUGCAACUUUAUUGUGGAACAAAUUGCACAUAUGAAGCGAAAGGUCUUAUACCGGUUACACAUUAUUUUUUCCGAGUACAGGCAGUUAAUACAGCUGGUCCUGGUUCAUAUAGUAUGCUAGCAUCAUGUGUCACACCAGCAGCUCCUCCGUCGAUUGUCACUAGUGUUAAAGUACAUGCAAAAUCUACAUCAAUGGCAGUCACAUGGAAACAACCAUCAAAUAAUGGAUCACCUAUUACGGGUUAUUAUAUUGAUAUUGGUGAAAAAGAACUUAUUUUUGUGAAUCCAGAAUUAAUUGAAUACAAUAUUGAUGAAGUAUUACCUGAUACAAUUUACAAAAUUCGUAUACGAGCUGUAAAUACCAUAGGACCUGGCCCAUUCUCUUCAACAGUUAAAUGUCAAACGAAAAGUUUACCACCUGAUCCUCCAAGACUUGAAUGUAUUGCUGUAACAUGUAAUUCAAUUAAAUUGAAAUGGAAUAAUGGCACAGUCAAUCAUGCUUUAUCAUCAGCAUCAUCAUCAUCAGAAUCAACAACAGCAAAUCCUCGUUCUGUAUCAUAUAUCAUUGAAAUGGAAGGAAAAGAUGGAAAUUAUAAUUGUAUUUAUACCGGUACUACGUAUUCACAUAAAAUAAAUAAAUUACAAGAAAACACUCAAUAUAAUUUUCGUAUAUGUGCAAAAAAUGAUUCAGGUGCUGGGCCAUGGUCAGACAUUUAUACAUUUACAACAACUAAAGCGCCACCAAAUGCAUUAAAAGCUCCUAAUAUCAAUGAAAUAACUUCAACAUCAUGUGUAUUUAAUUGGCAAGCUCAUAAAUCGCUUGGCAACGAUCCAAUAAGUUAUAUUCUUCAAUUACAAAUCUAUCGAAAAGAAAACGAAUAUACAGAAAUUUAUCAUGGCGAUUUAACAUCAUAUCGUGCGACAAACUUAGAAGCUGGUGUUGACUAUCGUGUGCGUAUUUGUGCUAUACGAUCGACGAGUGAUGGCUUAACAUUGAAUAGCCCAUUUAGUCCUGCAACACACUUCGUUUUACCUCGACCGGAAGAUUUGGCGGCAUCGAUAUCAGGAUCGAAAGCAUCAAAUAAUCAUUUGCUGUCUCACGAUCAUCAUUCAGACCAAAAGAUUUCAUUCAUAAAUCGUUAUCGUUUAUUAUUAAGUCGAAAAUUAAAAUCUAUAGAAUUAUUUGAAAGUCGAACAUUAACUGAUCAACAAUGGGCUAUUGUUAUAUUUGUUGGUUUUACAUUAUUAGCAAUAUUUAUUGCCAUACUUGCUAAUUUUAUGUAUUCAAAAUAUAAUAAUGGUUCGUCAAUACCAGUUGAUAAUACCUUUUCUUCUUCUUCUUCUUCGUUUUCUCCCGGCAUAAAAAAGUAA